GAGCAAAGCGAUUAUGUCGGGACCUCGGGUAGUGAGAGUAGAACUCGAGGGUUUUGGACUUCAUUUUUACUCGUUCUUUACCUCCCAACACUUCUUCUGUGGAGGUAGAGAACGAGUAUUGUGCUCAGUAUGGUGUAAUUUAGACCCCACGUUCAGUGAAGAAAUGGUAACACAUACAGCUAUACUACUACAGCCAAAAUGUUGCAUUUUGCGGCUUAAUGAACCCAUAAUAGAGUUUUUUUUUUGAGUUGGUAAGCAAAAUUUUAAGAAAUGAUGAAUCUAAAAUACGAGAAGAGACGUUCGGCCCUUCGCCGCGGAGGCAGUUUUGAACCGGUCAUGAUUCUAUAUAAUUACAUAAUAACAUGCCAUGAAAUGACAUAAUACGAUUAAGGUGGCUAUUACGAAAUGUACUAAGAAGUUUCUGAGUACCUCUUAUGAAUAAUUACAAAGUAAACAUUAGAUUAAUGCUGUUUACAAACAUUCAAAACCUCAACAAUAGGUUAGGCGCAUGCGCGAACAACGCCAUCUAUUGACAGACGUAAUAAUCACACCAUUUAUCAAUUCUGAUGUUGCUUACCAUUUCAAGUUUUCCUUUCGGUGGGUACAAAAAGGCUCUAAAUUACACCAUGCAUGAAGAAAAAAUGAACACUUUCUCCGUUCUGAAUGAUACAACUAUUGUCUCAACAGAGUCCACAACUUCCAAGAAUAAAAUUUCAGGGAAAGGAGUGCUUCGUCAUCAUUACACUUUUUCCAAAGUGUUUGGUCCUGAUACAACGCAGAAAGAACUGUUUGAUGAAUGUGUGUCAUACCAGAUCAAAGAUUUCAUACUCGGCAGAAACUGUCUUUUGUUUGCUCAUGGAACAACAAAUGCGGGAAAAACGCACACUCUUCAAGGUGAUGGAUCAAGUCCAGGUGUCAUUCCAAGAUCUCUAGAUUUGUUGUUUAAGAACAUUCGAGGUCAAGUGUCAAGUGAAGGGCGCUACAAACCAGAUAAUGUUAAUAGGAUUAUACAACUUGAUUCCAGCUCCAUUGUUUCUGAACUAGAAUAUAAAAAUGGUAUUCUUAAUUGGAAUGAUAAGCCUCUUAAACCAAUCAAGUCUGGAAUUGCAUCUUCGUCUUGUGAUAUAAGUGGAGGCAGUGAAUCAGAUUUCAUUUCAAAUACUUUUAGAGAAAUGCAGAAAACCCUUACCAAUGACUCCCCAAUUGAUAUGUCAACUGAGGGUGAUGUAGUUUAUGGUGUUUGGGUAUCAUUUGCUGGAGUGUACAAUGAACGUAUUUAUGAUCUUCUUGACCCAAUUGUAACUGUCAACUGUAAUAAGCACCUUCCAAUUUUGUCCUCAACAAUAUAUGAUUGUUUUUAGAUAAUUUAUGGAAACCUGGUGCCUUGACUAUUGCUGAGGUUUUCUUCAUUGUGUUUUAAUAUGUGUGUUCGUAUUUAAUUAUUUUGAAACCGUAUGACCAGUUGAUCAUUCUUCUUCCAUCAUUUCUUCUUAGUUUUAAUAUCAAAGCAUGUUUUAAAAUGUUUGUAUCUAUUUUUUGUAAACCUUUGACUGGUUGUUUAUUGUUCUUAGAUUGGUUUUAUCAUAAAAGAUAAAUGACGAUUUUGUAUCGCAGUUCUGCAACCUAUUUUAAAUACCAACCUUUUAGAAAAUUGAUUGAGAUAAAGCAAUCUAUUCAGUUUCUGUGAAUAUUGUCAAUGUUUGUGUCAGGAUGCUUAUUCUAAAAUAAAUAUCUGAAAAUUA